GAGGCAUAGGGUCUCUGCAUCUGCUGCUCUUCCGCUCCCUUCUUUCCCUUGCCCCCUCCGAAGUCUUUUUUUAAAAGCUAGGGGUUUUUGCUAGGAGUGUUGAAUGAAGUCGGGAAACCAAUGUUUCCCCCUCUGUCCCCUUUCCUCCUCCCAGCCCCUUGAUGCAACAUGUGGGGGCUACUGUCCCGCUUCCUCCCCUUUCCAGUAUGCGGCGCGUCCCGAGUCAGGUUAUGCGCACUGCAGAUCGCGCGUGAGCUGCUGUCCAGGCUAGCUAUUCAGGAUAAGAUCUCGAGCUGCUCAGCCAAAGAUGCAGAAGCUAAUAAUGGAGCAUAUCCUUUCCCCGCUGGAAUGCCUGCUUCCCACUGGAAAUUUGAAGUAUUGCCUAUUGAUCCUUAAUCAACCUUUGGACAGAAGUCAAUUUCAUCAUCUAUGGAGUAAAGCUCUUCUAAAAGCAUGUGCCGAUGGAGGUUCUAACCGCUUGUAUGAUAUCACUGAAGGCCAGCGGGAGAGCUUCUUACCUGAGUACAUCAGUGGAGAUUUCGAUUCUAUUAGGCCUGAAGUCAAAGAGUAUUACAAAGUCAAGGGAUGUGAGCUUGUUUCAACCCCUGAUCAAAAUUACACUGAUUUUACUAAAUGCCUUCAAGUUCUCCAGAAGAAGAUAGUAGAAAAAGAUCUCCAGGUGGACAUGAUUGUGACACUGGGUGGCCUCGCGGGACGAUUUGACCAGAUCAUGGCUUCUGUAGAGACCCUUUUUCAUGCAACUAGCAUCACUCCAGUGCCUAUUAUCAUCAUACAAGCAGAUUCCCUCAUUUGCCUGCUUCAGCAGGGAAAGCACAAACUGCAUGUAGACACAGGAUUGGAAGGUAAUUGGUGUGGCCUUGUUCCUGUUGGACACCCUUGUAAGCAUGUCACCACAACAGGCCUAAAAUGGAACCUCACCAAUGAUGUCCUCAUGUUUGGAACGCUAGUCAGCACUUCAAAUACCUAUGAUGGCUCUGGAGUUGUGACUGUGGAAACAGAUCAUCCCCUCAUCUGGACCAUGGGCAUCAAAAACGAACCCAGAGAAUGACACUCCAAACUCCAUCCCUGCCUUCUCUAAUUUGCUUAUGACAAAAAGAAAAAAAAAACACAGAUGAAAUACAUCUGGAUCAGGCCAGUAAUAUAAGCCAUGAAGGGAAAGAGUGACUAGUUGUUUUUUGUUUUGUUUUGUUUUUUAAUCAUUGUUUUCUUGCCAUUUAGGCUAUAACAUUUUAAAGGAGAAAUUCUAAUUUUUAAAGAAAAAGGAAAUGAAUGGCUAGUUUCAGGUAAAGUCAAUUAGUUUAAAAAAAAAACAUAAAUUUGGACAAGUCCUCCUGUAAAUUCAGAUCUGAAUAUUGACAGUAGAGUUCAACAAAUGAUGCUACUUAUCUUCCCAAUAAUGUCCCCCCACCCCCCUUUAAAGUCCUAAUAGGUUUCUCACGAAAUUGUCAGGUCCUAUCCCCAAGCUUCCACCAAAGUACAUUUCUGUUGUCUGCUGCCCACUUAUCUCAUUGGACUAAGCUGCAAAGUCUUAAGAUCAAAACUUCCUGAUUUACCUCUAUGCUUCUGGCAAAAACUUAUUAUUUUAUUGUCCUCAAAUCACUGAUAAGUGCUAUAGCCCUCAUUGUUAUCCAAAGAGACUGGGCAAAAUUCAAUCACCUAAAGUAUUAAAUCAGAAUGGGCACCUAGAGGGUACAUUGGAUAGAGUGCCAGUCACGAAGACUCAUCUUCCUGGGUUCAAUUAUGGACUCAGAUAUUGACUAGCUCUGUGACCUUGGGCAAGCCAUUUAACUGCAUUUGCCUCAGUUUCCUCAUCUGUAAAAUGAGGGGAGGAAGGAAAUGCAGUAUUUUUGCCAAGAAAAACCCAAAUGGAGUCAAUCACAAAAAGUCAGAUAUGACUGGAAAAAAAAAAACUGAAAAUUAAACAGAAUUAAUCCUCUGAGUCUUUGGCAAGAAGAUAAGAGUAUUUAACCAAAGAGAAAUUUUCAUACCAGGGGACCCUGUUUGAUCAUUCCUUGCUCAAAUCCAGUUUUUUAACUUAUGGAUAGCCAUUAUUAUUACCCCAUUAGGGUUUCUGCCCCAAAGAUUCCCAAAAUACAAGUAGUGGCUAUUUUAACAAACUCUGCAUAGAAAAAAAAUUCAUAUAGGGGGUGAACUUCUUAUUGCCUUCCUGACUAAGAAACAGGAACUAAGUUCAACAGUCAAGGCUUAUAUAUAUAUAUAUAUAUAUAAGCAAAUGUUCAGGCUAUGAUCAUGUCAUCCCUGACACCCACCUCAGAUCACAAACCUCAGGUAUUGAAACAUUUCUUCUGUAAAGAGAUUUUACUUAUUAUUUCCUCAUCAUCCACAACUAUGACUAUAGUGCUUACUAAGCUGAGCAUUGACACACAAACAACUUUAGGGACAUCUAUCCAGGUGACUCAGGGGGUGGAGAGCCAGACCUCGAGACAAGAAAUCCUGGGUUCAAAUCUGGCCUCAGAUACUUACUAACUGUGCCAGUCAUUUAAUCCCAAAUGCCUGUGCUGCUCUUCUUGGAAUCUACAUCCAUUCUAAGAUCUGAGUUAAGGAUUUAUAAAACAACAAGUGCAAUUUUAGGAAAAGCUGCUCAAUUCAUUUUGAGGUAUGGAUGAUGUAUAAUCUCUUAAUUCUCUAAGAAAAGGGACCAUCGGCAUUCUGCCGCAGAUGCUACAACUUGGCUCUUCUUUCACUUCUGAAUGGAUGAUGGGAAGAGUCAGGACUGCCAACUGGGGAAUCUGAUAAGAGCCAUGUGAACUACCAAGCAAUUCUCUGCUCAAAAUCAAUAAAGAUGAUUCUCAGUG